AGAUGGCCCAGAGGCUGGGGCUCCGGCGGCUGUUGUCCCUCACCCCUAGAGUGCUGCCCCCACAGGGCCCCCUGGCACCGCGUGUCCCCCCGGAACCCCCUGGCAGGGCCUUCAGCACCUCAGCAGGCUGCAGCAGCACCUUCAACGUGCAGGAUGGCAGUGACUUCCAGGACCGGGUGGUGAACAACCCCAAACCCGUUGUGGUGGACUUCCACGCACAGUGGUGUGGCCCCUGCAAGAUCCUAGGCCCCAGGUUGGAAAAGAUGGUGGCCAAGCAGGAGGGGAAGGUGCUGAUGGCCAAAGUGGACAUUGAUGAUCACACAGACCUUGCUAUUGAAUAUGAGGUGUCAGCAGUGCCAACCGUGCUGGCUAUGAAGAACGGAGAUGUUGUGGAUAAGUUUGUGGGCAUAAAGGAUGAGGAUCAGCUGGAGGCAUUCCUCAAGAAACUCAUCGGAGCCUGAAGUAAAAGGGUGGCUGUACCUCUGCCUCUGGAGACAUCCACGCUGUGCAUUCCUUGCCUGGGAGAGCCAAGGGGCACAUGAACUGCCUGCCUUCUAGAACCUGUGGUUUUAUUCUCGUUUAGGGUUUUUAGGAGAUGGACAGUGUUGUAACCCUUCCCUCCCACUCCCCCUUCCCCUUCUCUUGAGCAGCAGUAGUUGUAAAGGGCGCAGAGAAGCAGGGCUGCUUAUUCUCAAAAUGGGGAAUGCGGCUGGAAUUAGGAGCCUGUGUUUAUCAGCAAAGAGCUGACACACAGAGCUGCUGCUGCUGCUGAGUUAAGAGGAGGAAUGUUUUUUUUUUUGCGUAGAAUCAGAUAUCCCAGUGCAGAGGGCAGCUGCUCCCUGCAAGAUGUGAGUACAUACCUGCGCUGGGUGGGUUUGUUUAAAGCUGAGAAUGUCUCUGCCUUGUCUGUGAAACCUCUUUGUCCCUCUGUCCUCCUGUUGCUGGGACAGGUACAACUCCUUCACAAAUCCAUGGGCUCCCAUUGUAAUUUUAUAAAAGAAAAUAGAAGUAUUUUAUGGAUCUCCUUUUGUAGGUCUGUAAUAAAGAGAACUUUAUCAGUCACUGCUGUCUAGCUGGAGAAUAAAAAUUGAUUC